AAAAAAAACCCGACGAAUCGACAAUUACGAGAAUGUAUCUGAGAUUUUCAUUAUUCAUUAAUGAUCUUGGGUGACGAGAAAGGGGAGUGAGAGCAAAAGAAGCAGGGAAGCAUGACAACAUCAUCAUUAUCUUCUUCUUCAUCGUUGAGAAACAAAUACUGGAUUCUCAGGCAUGGCAAGAGCAUUCCUAACCAGAAAGGCCUCAUCGUUUCUUCCUUGGAAAAUGGGAUACUUCCUGAAUACCAAUUAGCUGAGGAGGGUGUCAACCAAGCACAAUUGGCAGGGGAGCAAUUCCUAAAGGAGUUGAAGGAUGCCAAUAUUCCAUCAGAGAAUGUUCGCAUUUGCUACUCCCCGUUUGCUCGAACAGCUCAUACUGCUAAAGAAGUUGCUUCUGUCUUGAAUAUUCCGUUUGAAGGUAGUCAGUGCAAGGUGUUUGAAGACCUUCGAGAACGUUAUUUUGGUCCUACAUAUGAGCUUGCAUCACAUGAUCGUUAUCCAGAGAUAUGGGCGCUCGACGAGAAAGAUCCAUUUGAGAAGCCUGAAGAAGGUGGAGAAAGUGCUGCUGAUGUUGUUUCCCGACUAUUGAAGGCCAUGGAAGAAAUAGAGACUAUGUUUGAAGGGUGUGCAAUAUUGAUCGUUAGCCAUGGUGAUCCUCUCCAAAUGUUGCAGACAAUACUCAAUGCUGCAAAACAACAAAAUGAACCCAGUUGCACCAACUUCUUAUCAAGACUUAAAGUUGUUAAAGUUCCCUCUGUCUUGUCAAAACAUCGAAAAUUUGCAUUGGAAACUGGUGAGCUACGAGCGGUGUUCUAAAACUCGUGCAGUCAAGCUCCUGUCCAUCACAUUGGGUACAAUAUUCUUCGAAACCAUAUUUUGCAGUUAGUGAUUGUUAAAUCUGAAACAAUUGGGAUUUUUCAAGCUGCUUGUUCAUUCUACCAAAUACCCUGUUAGAUUUGGCAGAUAACUUGUUGAAUCCAUCGUCUAAAUUUGGUAGCUAUUUGCCAAGAUAGCUUGUAGUUUAUAUGAACAGAUUACCGAAUUUGGAAAAGAGAGAAUUUCUUUGUUCAAACUUCUAAGUUCUAAACCUUGAAGACAUUUACUUAAAAGAAAAUCAAUUUCUCAA